AGAGGCUCUGGGUGGAGAGAGAUGCUGUUGCCAUGGAAAGCAGCCACAUCGGUUUCCUGUGAAAACAACAGCGGGAUUAUCCAGUGGAGGAAAGGGACAUAAAGACUAUCACUUGUUUUCUCCCCCAAAAUGAUGCUCCAGUGUAGGGUUUCAAAUUGAUGAAAGUGAUAUUGCAGGGAGAUGAAAACAUGUUUGUGGAUCCAAUUAAAGAGAGAACAGAAGAGUGGCCAGAUGAGGAUGCCAGAACAGAUGCAUUCCCAUUAAAGGAAUUGUGUGUCUUGCUGGGGUGGAUAUGAGUUGAGAGGCAGGCGGCUCACUCCUCACGGCCAAUCUUUCCCCAACAAAGGUGGUCAGGGGCGGAGGACAAGAGGGGGAGUCCAGAACAGAGAUUGCCCCUGUCUUCAGGCACCUGCUGCUUGCUAGUCGCUGACACCGAGGAUACUGAAUGACUUUGUCAGUGCACAAGUAGUGUGUGUGUGCAUGUGAAUCAAUGAAAGACAGAGACAUAGAAGGAAUUUCAGACGGACCGAUGUGUCUCUGUUGAUGUGGAAGAUCAAGAAAUUCUCCCUUGAAAUCUUUGUAUUUGUUACUGAAGAGCAGAGGCGAGGUCUGGAGGGGAUCUGUCAUUUUUCAAGCUCCUGCUCGCCUCUCUGAGGGAUGGGCACCACUGAGGCGACUCUACGAAUGGAGAACAUGGAGGUAAAAGACGAGUGGCAGGAUGAAGACUUCCCCAGACCUCUACCAGAGUACGGAGACAUGGAUCUCAGCUGUGGUCUUACAGACAAUGGAGUGUCUCUUCCUAACUCGCUGCAUGUGAGCCCACCUGGAGGUGGAGGAGGUGUCUCAUCUCAUCGUAAACGGAGGACACUGGUUGCCCCGGAGAUGAAUUUGUCCUUGGAUCAGAGUGAAGGUUCUCUGCUGUCAGAUGAUUUCCUGGACACGCCGGAUGACCUGGACAUCAACGUGGACGACAUCGAUACUCCGGAUGAAACUGACUCACUGGAAUUUAUAACUAACGGGAACGACCUGGAGUGGGAAGAUGAUACGCCGGUGGCCUCGGCCAAAGCAGGUCCUGCUGAUGGCUCGGGGGGAGCGGGUGAGGAUGGAAAUGCCAACUGCGGGCGUCUGUGGAGAACGGUGCUCAUCGGGGAGCAGGAGCAUCGUAUCGACAUGCAGAUCAUCAGACCUUACCUGCGGGUGAUCACACAUGGAGGCUAUUAUGGAGAAGGCCUGAACGCCAUCAUCGUGUUCUCUGCUUGUUAUCUGCCUGACAGCGGCUGUUCAGACUACCACUACGUCAUGGAAAACCUCUUCCUGUAUGUGGUUAGCAGCCUGGAGAUGCUCGUGGCUGAAGAUUACCUGAUCAUCUACAUGAAUGGAGCCACUCCUCGGAGUAAGAUGCCCGGGAUCAGCUGGCUGAAGAAAUGCUACCAAAUGAUUGACAGGAGACUGAGGAAGAACCUGAAGUCGCUGGUCAUCGCUCAUCCCACGUGGUUCAUCCGCACAGUUCUAGCUAUAUCCAGACCUUUUAUCAGUGUGAAGUUCAUGAAUAAGAUCCAGUAUGUGCACGGUCUGGAUGAGCUUGCACACAUUGUCCCCAUGGAGCACGUCCAUGUUCCUGAGUGUGUGGUGCAAUUUGAUGAAGAGAGGAUUAAAGCCCGAAGGGAAAGGAUGGAGCGGGAGCAGGGUCAGCAGACAGUCCCACAGGAGCCAAUUAAAAAGUCUGAAAGGCCAAACUCAAUGAUUGCAGGGUUGUGAGAAGGACAGAAGUGUGAAGUCCACAGAAUCCACACCGCCUCAUAUUUUGCUUAACCAACCUGCAGCUGAGGUUUGUCACUGUUUUCCAGUCG